AUGACAUCAAUGUCUCGUGUUGUACCAAGUAUUCCAUUGAUGGAGAGUUCAAAAUGUAAAGUGAAUAAAUUGAAGGAAGCUGAUCGUCUGAUGAUUGUAUCAGAAUAUACAAAAACAGUCUUAAUGCUUGCUAUCAUACAAAUAUUCAUCACAUUUUGCGUUGUAAUCAUCGCAUCUAAGAUUAUUCUUCGUAUACAAUUUAAGACAAAAUUAGAUUUCACUGUGCAGUUAAUUGUUGCUGGUUUAUAUGUUUUAGUCGCCUUUCUGAUGGUACUACUGAUCGGGGUUGCGAAGAAUAUCAGUGAAAGUUAUCCUCUGAACGUUGUCUUUGUGAUCUUUUAUUCUAUUUUCAUGUCCACAGCACUUGGAUUUUCGAUUACAAAGCCAUGUAUUCCUCUUACAUUUGGAGUUUUCGUAAUCAGCUUGAUAAUCUUCAUAUCUGCUCUUCUGAUUGGUGCAGCAAUCAAGGCACAAUUAGUGGACUAUUCAGCAGCUAUUCUAAUAUCAUUUAGUUUUUUGUCGCUUGUUAUUCUAACAGUUUUUACUGUAUUCAACGUUUGGAAACACAAGGAUGUAGGGAUUGGUGUUGACAUCGGUGCAGAAAUACUGUUAUUUUUUAUAACAAUAUUUGUCAGCCAUUUGACUGUUGGAAAAUCACGAUAUUUUAUCUUCCAUCCAAAUUUUGCUUUGGCAUCAAUAUUCUUGUACACUACGUUUUUCGCCACCCUAUCAGUCAACAUUGAUGUGUCUAAACACUUUCUUAAUAAAACUUCAACACUCUGUACCGAAUCGACUUAAGAACUGAGCUUCAUCUGUUGUUGCUUGUUUAUCGUUGUAUCUUUAUUCAUGUUGAAUGUUGAACACCAUACUGAUUGAAAAUGUGAUUAGUUACAAAUUUGUGUAAAAUCAUAAUAUGUGUGAUACUGGAUUUGAUCAAGAUAACAUGAUGUACACGAUGGACUGUCCAUGUAGCUUUACAUUUUCCAUUUAGAAUAUUAUAA